AUGAGCAACAAGCGCCAAGCUGCGGCCUUGUCGACGGUGCUGGACCUCGACCACGUCCUUGUGGUCAUCGUCCAGUGUGUCCCUGCUGCCGAGGACGUGAAAGCCCUCCUCGCUGUGCUCCCGGCGUCGGCUCGCAGCAUCGCGCUGGCCGCGCGUCAUGAGCUCCUACAAGCCGCGCAACAUCACGUUCUGCCAACGGAGCCAAAGCCUCUGGGUGCGCUCUGGCCUCUGCUUCGCCUCGAUGUGAUCACAUCUGCAGCCACCGGUCUGCUUGCUGCUCGACUAAGUGAUCUCGACGCCGUCGAGUGGCUUCGUCUGUGGAGCGCCAAGAUCACACACUACAAGCAAGUUGAAAACGACGCGCUCUUUAACUAUCCGGACCUCUGCGACGUUCUGCGUGAGUGUACGAACCUCGUCGCUGUCGACGUCAGAGAGGCGACCGAAGCCGAAGAGAUCAUGGAGGCUGUCACGACGCCGGCGCACCGCGUCCGCUCGAUCAGCGUCGAUUGCUAUAUCUUCGAGUUCGACUUCGCGACUCUGGACCGUUGGUUAUCGUCGGGCCACGCAGAGCACUUGGCCUUUUCGUUCUUUGCGACCGAAGAUGAGGUGAACCCAGCGUUUGUUCCGAUGCUUCUCAAGACCACGGCACUCUCGAGUCUCGAGCUUGUCUCCCUUGGCUCGGGCUCCUUGCGCCGCUCCUUGCCGUCGCGCCCUCAUUCUCUCGUUUGA